AUGAUUAAAAAGUCAAUCAGUUUUCGAUUAGGUCUCAUAAAUAUACGUUCUUUAAAUACCGGUCAGGAUGAGCUAGUGGCAGCAGUGAAUAACUAUAGACUAGAUGUGUUGGCAAUAAACGAAACGUGGUUAAAGAAUGAUCAGACGGGGCUAGCGCCUGCGAUCCCGGGUUACGUUUUUAAACACAAGGCUAGAAAAACGGGUUCGAGAGGUGGAGGUGUAGGUUUUUAUUACAAAAAAGGACUGCGGAUACGAGUACUGCCACAUCCCACUUCUGAUUUAGAGCAGAUGUGGGUGGAAUUGCACCUUCCGGGAACUGCUCGUUUAGCUAUAGGAACAGCAUAUAGACCAGAGUCAGUUUCGGUAGAUACUGCUAUUGAAAAUCUUAGUAGCUCGUUGGACACUUUUUCGAGUUAUGAUUCAAUUUAUAUACUCACAGACUUCAAUGUAAAUAUAAAUAAUAAGGGAGCCUCGUCUACAUCUGCUUUGACAACCUUUCUAUUUCAACGAAAUCUUUACCAACUUGUUAAUGAACCAACAAGGGUGACUGAUAAUACUUCGUCACAAAUAGAUCUUGUAAUUACUGAUACACCGGCCAUCUGCUCCGGAAUUUACGUCUAUCACAACCCAAAGCUUAGCGAUCAUGCCAUGGUGGUGGCAGAACUUAAAAUGAAUAAACCACAGCGAAGUCCGCAAUAUAUAUAUAAGAGGAUUCUUGGCAAUAUUGAUAUGAAUAGUUUUAAUAAUGAUCUCAUCAGCUUGGACUGGGAAAGUGUAAAUAAGAUGACAACCUUAGACGCAAGAGUUAACCGAUUUAACGAACUAAUUAACACUUUAUUUGAUGUUCAUGCUCCAAUGCGAAAGAUAUGUAUCAAUAGCAAUAAGCCACAUCCAUGGAUUACCGAUAACAUUAAGAUCAUGAUGAGACUACGCGACUCUGCUCUACGCAGGGCUCGGGCAUCGGGAGAGGACAGUCAUUUUGAUUACUAUAAAAGUCUUCGCAACUAUACAAGUGGUGCCUUGGAGCGCGAAAAAAAGGCUUAUUUCACAUUUUACAUUAAUAAUAAUAAAAACAAACCCAAACAAAUGUGGCAUCAUCUGAAACAAAUAUGUACUACAAAUAAUGUAGACCAGUCAUUGAUACCAGAUCAUCUUAUGAACCCCUGUUAA